UAUGCAGGUCAUUGCUUCGGUAUAGCGGGACUUCCAAACAACCCUUAUAUAAAAUAUAGAGCCGUAGCUGGCAGCUUGAAAAACCGUGAAAAUAAAGCAAACAGCGGCAUUCUCAGUUUAUUUUUUGUACACAUUAGCACGUCAGUGAUGGCGAGCAACGAUUUAGGGGUCGUUGUUGAUGGAACUCAAGUUUCCUACAUCGGUCAAGACUGUGAGGGUAUUCCUGAACUACUUGGGAAGAAAUAUGGACAUUUCGCAAAGCGUUUAGAUCUUAGUUUCAAUCUACUAAGGUCACUAGAAGGGCUAGAAGAAUUUGUCUGCCUGGAAGAACUAAUCCUGGACAACAAUCUUCUCAGAAGUGACCUACAGUUGCCUAGGUUACCACUCCUUCAUACUCUGACGAUCAACAAGAACCAAAUAACUGAAUUAGACAGUCUUUUGGAUCAUUUAGCUGAAGUGGUCCCUUUGCUUAAGUACCUCAGCCUCCUAGGGAACGAAGCCUGUCCUAAUGAACUUGUUAGCUUGGACAACGAUGAAAGUGACUAUCAAAGAUACAGGUAUUUCAUUCUUCAUAAAUUACCAAACCUGAAGUUCCUGGAUGCAAGAAAGGUUACAAAAAAGGAACAAGAAGAGGCAAGCACUCGGGGUGCCUUCAUGAAAGUGCUGAAACCCAAAGAUUUGGCCUCUGGUGAAGAUGACUUGAACGUGCUGGGUUUUCACCAAUAUACCCCAUUACCUCAAGGGACUCGAGAUGGCAGUAAUCACAAAGACGCAUCACACCUUGGUAAUGGCAACUGCUCUACCCAAGACCGCAAGAAAUUGCAGAGAGUUGUGAACACAGCCCAGUCCAUCACGUAAACCAACCUGCCCUCCACUGACUCCGUCUACACCUCCCGCUGCCUCAGGAAAGAAGCCAACAUAAUCAAGCACCCCUCCAACCCCAGUCAUUUUCUCUUCUCCCCUCUCCCGUCGAGCAGAAAAUACAAAAGCUUGAGAGCACAUACCACCAGGCUCAAGGAUGGCUUCUAUCCCACUGUUAUCAGAUUCUUGAAUGGACCUCUCAUACUCUGAAGAUGAACUCUUGAGCUCCCAAUCAACCUCGUCGUGGCCCUUGCACCUUAUUGUCUCCCUGCACUGCACUUUCUCUGUAAUUGUAACGCUAUAUUCUGCAUUCUGUUUUCCUUUUCACUACCUUUUCACCACACUGUAUGAA